ACUACGGCAUCCCCCGAGUCUAUGGCCCUCGUCAAAGAUUGGAUCCAGGCGUGCCACAGUCUUCAUAAAGCUUGCACUGAGUUCUCCUCCAGUGUUGGCGGGCACGCUCCAACAAAUUUUCGGCUUGCGAGAUUGAUCGAUGUGUCGAGUAAACCGGCCCGUCUUCAAGCCCGGGGUGACUUGUCCUCUCUCGACCCUCGGUAUCUACCAUUGAGUCACUGCUGGGGUGAAGUUCCCAGAGUGCGAUUGCUGAAAGAAAAUCUUGUCAAAAUGCAGGAUGCUAUACCGGAAGAAGGCCUGUCUCUGAAUAUCCGUCAGGCAUUCAAAAUCACACGAAAUCUAGGAUACAGAUUCAUCUGGAUUGACUCGCUCUGCAUAAUUCAAGACUCUAGGGAUGAUUGGCUGGCUGAAUCGCCCAAAAUGACCGAUGUCUACGGCCGGUCAGAUUGCACGAUAGCAGCUGUGGGAGCACACGGUGAUGUCUCCUGCUUUGUUGAAAGAUGUUCGAUGGCUAGACGACCUUGUAAGCUCUUCGAGGAGAUUUACGCCCAUGGCUAUUUUGCUCGACUCGAGGAAGUAUUCAAAGACACGAAAACGCUCGUAGGGCUUGGGACGGUUCCCCUCCUGAGACGAGCCUGGGUGGUCCUAGAAAGACUAUUGUCUCCACGAAUCAUCUAUUUUGGUCUACAAGGCUUAGUUUGGCAAUGUUGCUCCAAGAAUGCUUCAGAGUUCUGGUUAGACCUCAAGUCGAGAGAUGCCCAGCCGGAAAGCGACUCCCUCUAUUCGAUAAAAAUUCAAUUCGCCACUGCGCUACGCUCUACCUCUCGACCCAGAGUGGGAGAAGAGAUCAACAAAAGCUGGAACUCUGUGGUUGACGCCUACACAAAUGCUAAUUUGACCUUCAAAUGCGAUCACUCCGUUGCCCUUGCAGGUAUAGCAUCGUUGGUUCAGCGUCGGACGGGC